AUGAAAGGCAAGUUACAUGAUUGCAAAGAACUCUUGACUGAAGUUGGACUGCCAAAGCAUAAAUCCAGACUUGUUGACUUCACAGAUACAGGACCUGGUUUGGGAAUAACUAAUCAUGAAGUGAAGAUACGCUCUGUGGAGGAGAUUAGAAUAAUGAAUUAUGAUUAUUAUAUAUGUCAUCAUCUUGCACCUGGAGACAGUAGUCAUAAUGAAAUAGAAAGGAUUCAGAGUUACGUAGGUAUGUCUGUAUAAUUGUAUUGACUUGAUCAACAUUACAUUUCAUUGAAUUAUCUACAAGUAAAUUAGAACACACUAUUAUGCAUGAGAAAAGUACACAGUGUUGUGGUUGCACAGGUGGUAUAUGUUUAUAUUACAUAAAUGCUCUGCUUACAUGCAGAGAGAUAUUUAUCUUGGUAAAACAUCAUUGGAAUUAUAGUUGUAAAAUAAUUAAUGCAUCGUCACCAUUGUGCACAGUAAAAAGCCUCACAUAUAUAUACCUUUUUGGUCAAUUUCUCUUACAUUUUUCCUAUUAAAAAAUGUUUUAUAGGUGAUGCUGUAUGUGAUGAUGGGUCAUUGACCUGGGAACACAAAACCAAGUCUGAUGUACUAUCAAAUUUAGAUGUUUCAAAUAUAACAACUUCCCAAUUUGAAGAGUUAGAACUUGAAAGAAUGAAGUUUAAUGCUUUUAAGGUGGCUGAAGAAGUUGCUGAGCGAAUAGAUUGUGGUGUUGCUCCAGAUGGGUAUAUGAAAAGUUUUGCAAGCAAAGAUGCUGACAAACUAUUCUACUGGGACAAGUGUUAUCUGCUAGGUUUUACUGAAAGGAAGAACAAUGAAGUAGUCCCUGGCUACAACUACUAUUCUAAACUUGAGGCUUUCUCCAAGAGGUGA